UCCUGGUCUCAUAGAUUAUCGAUAUUUGGAGGUUAUCUCCGUAUCUGCUAAUGCUUCAGAUAACUUGGAUCGGGACCUAUUUACGUUGCCCUGUUGUUUAGAGCUCAAAAUUAAUGACAAUAUUCCGCAAAUGAGUGAACUGUGAUCAUAGGGAAAAUAAAAAAAGUGAACAGAAGAUUGUCGGUGUCGGUGGUGGAAUAAUAUGAGUCGUUUGGAUGAUCCACCGAGUCUGUUGAAAGGCCGAAAGCCCUCUUACAUUGCAAUGAACGGUGUACCAGAAACUGACGAUCAGCAGCGUUUGCGUUUUCAAGUGGAACUUGAAUUUGUUCAGUGUUUGGCAAAUCCCAAUUAUUUGAACUUUCUAGCACAACGUGGUUACUUCAAGGAUUCCACAUUUAUAAACUACCUCAAGUAUCUCCUCUACUGGAAGGAACCGGAGUAUGCUAAGUACUUAAAAUAUCCAAUGUGUCUCUACUUCCUUGAUCUCCUCCAGUACGAGCACUUUAGGCGGGAAGUUGUAAAUUCUCAGUGUACAAAAUUCAUAGACGACCAGCAGAUUCUUCUCUGGCAGCACUACACACGUCGCAGAACGAGAUUACUCCAACAGGCAACCGAGCAAACACCCCAGCAUGUCAAUCCCCAGAACAAUGGAAUUGCUCAACCAAAAGUUCCCUGAUAGGGACCAACGCCAAAAUCAAGUGAAUAAUGCUCGCCAAGAACCCAUAUUACAUGACCUCCUGUAUCUGACCGCCCCAGAGACAAUUCUCCUCCCUCCAAGGAUGCUCCUACAAUUGGAUCGAGCGGGUUAGCUGUGAUAGAUCUCAAGAAAAAUGGUUUUAUAUUUAUCACGUAAUAAAUCUUUCUUUUGAUUUUA